AUGUGCCUGGACGCGGAGCCCGACGGGCCUCACCUGGCAGAGCGGCUGAACUGGUUUGUGCGCCUGUGGGCUCCCCCGCAUUUGAAUUCUGUGCUUCUCAUCUUUCCUUCCCUGAAAAAGUUCUGCUUGUGCCACCAGCCCCCAGGCCUCUUCUCCGCGUGCAGCGUCACCAGCUGCUCCUGCAUCCAGCAGCCAUUCUGCGAUUUGGAAUUUGGUAUCUUCCAGGUUAAAUGUGGGGUUAUUCGCAGUGUCUGGCUUUAUGAAAACUGUCAAGUUUUAUCAACUCAGUGGCUUUUCUUUUAUACUUUUAGAUUUCUACCUGGACAAGGACUGGUACUAUACCCACAGAUAGGAGACAAAUUGGAUAUUAUUUGCCCCAAAGUGGACUCUAAAACUGUUGGCCAAUAUGAAUAUUAUAAAGUUUAUAUGGUUGAUAAAGACCAAGCAGACAGAUGUACUAUUAAGAAGGAAAAUACCCCACUACUCAACUGUGCCCGGCCAGACCAAGACGUGAAAUUUACCAUCAAGUUUCAAGAGUUCAGCCCUAACCUCUGGGGUCUAGAAUUUCAGAAGAACAAAGAUUACUACAUUAUAUCUACAUCAAAUGGGUCUUUGGAGGGCCUGGAUAACCAGGAGGGAGGGGUGUGCCAGACAAGAGCCAUGAAGAUCCUCAUGAAAGUUGGACAAGAUGCGAGUUCUGCUGGAUCGACCAGGAAUAGUGGUCCAACAAGACGUCCAGAGCUAGAAGCUGGUACAAAUGGAAGAAGUUCAACAACAAGUCCCUUCGUAAAACCAAAUUCAGGUUCCAGCACAGACGGCAGCAGUGCCGGACAUUCGGGGAACAACCUCCUCGGUUCCGAAGUGGCCUUAUUUGCAGGGAUAGCGUCAGGAUGCAUCAUCUUCAUCGUCAUCAUCAUCACGCUUGUGGUCCUGCUGCUCAAGUACCGCCGGAGGCACCGCAAGCACUCGCCGCAGCACACGACCACGCUGUCUCUGAGCACGCUGGCCACGCCCAAGCGCGGCGGCGGCAACAACAACGGCUCGGAGCCCAGUGACAUUAUCAUCCCGCUCAGGACUGCGGACAGCGUCUUCUGCCCGCACUACGAGAAGGUGAGCGGGGACUACGGGCACCCGGUGUACAUAGUCCAGGAGAUGCCCCCGCAGAGCCCUGCCAACAUUUACUACAAGGUCUGAGGCCCGGUACCUUCCCUCGCAGACCUGGGUGGCCGCCGCCGCGGCGUCGCCUGGUCGCCUGGUCUGACUGAGCCCGGCCGCGGAGCCGGCGGAGCCUCGCGCUGGAGAAGCCCGGAGCUGGACAGCUUUCUAGUCUGUAGCAUUUUGGCCUCGGUGACUGCACAUCUUCCCCGGGAGCUGGGAGACUGUGGCCGCGGUGCCACUGGGAUGGAGGGCGGCGCGCGUCCCCAACCAGGAGCCGCAGUCGCGCAGGCCUCGCCGCCGGCGCCCCGGGGACACAGGGCGCGCGGACGGGGCCGGGGUGUCACCUCCCAGCCUCUCUGCUCGGUGUCUGCCCUGCUGGGCACGUGGACUUGUCCCUCCGCUCGGACCUCGGGCUGAGCGAGGCUCCCCAAGAUCGCUAGCGUUCAGUGCUCACUGUCUCCUCCUUCUGUACCCCAGUGCUCCGCCGCGCCUCGCCCAGCCCCACGCCCACAUCCUGCACCACGAUGGGACAUGCCGCGGUAGCCCGCUCCGGAUGAGCAGGGUCCCUUUUGGAAGGCCGGAGGGUCCCCAGCCAGCCGGCUGGGCCGUCAGCGAGGAAGAGGAGGGGAGGGCUGGCCGCCUCCGACCCAGAGCGGGACGAGGGAAGGGAGCCUGGGCAGGUCCCGCAGCACUCGGGCUUGGCCGAGGUGCAGGGGGACGGCAGAACCAGGGGGUGUCGGGGCGGGCGGGCAGAGGGGCACGGCCAUCUGCUCAGGCAGGGCAAGACUAUCGCGGUACUGGCAAUAAGACGCACAGCUCCGGAGCUGUAGGGAGUCGGUCUGCUUAGGGUGAUGUGGAAGCAGACCCAGCUGCUAUACUUAUCACAUUUUAUGAAACACAGGGAACGCAUUUAGAAUAGCAGAGAGCCAAAUCUGACCUAGACGUUGAAAAGCCAAAGGUCCAGCAGGCUGUGGUUCCAUCUCCACUGACGUCAAGGAAGAAUUCUCAGCUAGGCAAAGGUAGGUCAGAGAGAGCCCCGGGCCCCAGGGCCGGUCCCGCCCCGCCCCGCCCCACUGAGCCUUACACACUUUGGUUUAUGGCGGUGCUGUGCCGUCGGGGCUGCGAGCGAGGCUGCGGGAGGGACAGGGUCUAAGCGAAGCACACGGCAAACCUCUCAGAGUCCUUAAGACGGAAGUCAAUAAUGAUGUCGAGGGGAGAAGGAAGAUAGGACGUAUUUAUAAUAGGUAUAUAGAACGCAGGGGAUAUAAGAUGAAAGAUUUUUACUAAUAUAUAUUUUAAGAUUGCACACAGUACACACCAGAAGAUGUGAAAUUUAUUUGUGGCAAUUAAGCAAUCCUGAGGCUCAGUGCUUUAAAAAAUGAAAAGAAAAAUUGGACAGCUCCUGGGGAAAAAAAAUUAAGAAACAAUAACCACUCCAAAAAUAACAAUCACGAGAGCUAAUAGGAAAAGGACAGCCCUCCAAAGGCGUCUCACGGAACUGGAGACCAGGAAAUAGAAGCCCCAACACCAGGAAGCCAAUGUGGUCGUACCAUCUGCUUGACAAGGACAAGAUGUCCCGGCACCCAUGUCCGUGCUGGGUUUUUCCUUGCCUUAUGGGCUGAAGUGUUCUCCAAAGUCCAGCAGGUCACCCAGAGGGGGCGCCAGGUAGUGGUAGACCCCCCUCUCCUCUCCUUUUGCCCCAUCCCAUCCCCACCCUCGCGGAAACUGAGAAGAGGAGACAGGAAACCUACUUUUUAUGUGCUAUGCAAAAUAGACAUCUUUAACAGAGUUCUGUUACUAUGGUAACGCUUUGCUUUCUGAAUUGGGAGGAGGAAAAAAAAAUGUAGCGACAGCAUUUGAAGGUUCUCAGACCUCCAGUGAGUACCUACAAAAUAGCGAGUUGUCACAGAAAUGAUUAUUCUCCAUCUCCUGAACCUGAAACUGUCGGUCCAAAGUGCGUGUGUGUAUGUGUGAGUGGGUGUGUGGCGUACAUGUGUACAUAUAUGUAUAAUAUAUAUCUCCAAUAUAUAUUAUAUAUAUCUAUAUCAUAUUUCUGUGGAGGGUUGCCAUGGUGACCAGCCACAGUACAUAUGUAAUUCUUUCCAUCACCCCAACCUCUCCUUUCCGUGCAUUCAUACAAGAUUUUCUUGUAAGCCAUCAGAAAUUCCUCAUAGGAUUGGGGAGAGGGACGAGGAGGGAAAACAUGGCAAAAAAAAGUCUGAUUUUAAUGAAAUCAAGUGUGUGUAUCCUCGGUUGGCUACCUUUGGGUUAUGUGCUAAACUGUGAAAAAAAAAAAAAAUCAGAUGAACUGGUGAAGAGUUACCUGCAACCAAUUGAAAACAAAAGUGUUCUGUGCGUCUGUUUCGUGUCUGGUGCAAAAAAUGACAAUCUACCAACGGUCCCCUUAUUUGGAGUUGGUUCUGCUCUGGAAAGUUACUGUAAAUGCCUUGCUUGUAUUCUCAUCCCUGGUCUUCGGGAUCGCACCAUCAUGUUUAAGUGAAGAAGGUGUAAAUAGGUUCCGAAUUUACUGUCCUUGGAUUUGGGGUGUUACAGUAGCCUUAUUCACGUUUUUAAUAAAAAAUACACAUGAAAACAAGACAGAAAUGGCUUUUCUUAUCCAGAUUGUGUACAUAGAGCAAUGUUGGUUUUUUAUAAAGUCUAAGCAAGAUGUUUUGUAUAAAAUCUGAAUUUUGCAAUGUAUUUAGCUACAGCUUGUCUAACGGCAGUGUCAUUUCCCCUUUGCACUGUAAGAGGAAAAAAUGGUAUAAAAGGUUGCCAAAUUGCUGCAUAUUUGUGCCGUAAUUAUGUACCAUGGAUAUUUAUUUAAAAUUUCGUUGUUCAGUUUGUAAGUAACACAGUAUUAUGCUUGAGUUAUAAAUAUUUUUUCUUCCUUUGUUUUAUUUUACUAGCCUGUCAUAGGUUUCCAGUCUGCUUUAGUUCCACAUCACAGUCAGCCCCUCCGAACACAAGAUCCGUGACGUCACAUUCCACGUCUGUUUCAAAACUGAAUUUGUUCUUAAAAAAAUAAAAUAUUUUUUUCCUAUGGAAAAA